AUGGCGCUUCUAUCUUCCCCUCAUCCUCUCCCAACCCAGUUCUCUACUUCCCCCGCCUCUCUAUGUGUCCGCCGGCGCCCAAUCACCGCCUGCCAGCUAUGCACCCACAAGCAAUCCGUACGCCACUUCGACCAGUCAACGCUGACUGUCGCCGAGGGUUCGUCGGAGAGCGAGCUCUGGGCCGCCGCUUGUCUCCGCGUUCGCUCCUUCUACCACUUCAAGCCCUCCAUGUUUGGCCUCCAAGUCUGCCCCUCCAAUCACGAUCACAGAAGGUACUUGGCGGAACGAGAGUUGGAAGCCAUGAAGGAACGUGUGGGAGGAAAGAGGAAGGGCUUUAGAAAAGUUUCUUGCAUAAAUGCUACCAUCCCAUUGUCACAAAUUUCAAGCCCUUCGGUUUCAGAUGAUUUUUGUUCUUCAUGUAAGUUUAACAACAAUGGAGAAGAUCGAGUAGUUGUUGGGACCCUUGAUCUUAACCAGUGUGUAAGUCUUCCAGACGAGAUUACAGGAAACAGACCAGAGGGGAUCGGAGCUGAUUUCGCAAGAGCAUACUUGAGCAAUGUAUGUGUUGCCAAGGAACUGCAUAGAAAUGGGUUAGGUUAUGCUCUUGUUGCAAAGUCAAAGUUAGUUGCGCAAGAAUGGGGCAUAAGUGAUCUAUAUGUUCAUGUCGCUGUGGACAAUGAGCCUGCAAAAAAGUUGUACAUGAAGAGUGGUUUUGUUUACGAAAAGGAUGAACCUGCAUGGCAGGCCAGGUUCCUCGAUCGGCCCCGAAGGAUACUUUUGUGGUUUGGCAUCCCGGGCGUGCAACUAUGA